AUGUUUCUCCGCAAGAAGAGCUCGCUGACGUCCAACAUCCUGGGCCGGCCGCCGGCUGACAUCCGCGACAAGUUUCUGAUGGGGAAGGAGCUGGGCAAGGGGCAGUUCGGCGUGACUUACCUGUGCACGGACAAGGUCACGGGCGAGCAGCUCGCGUGCAAGUCGCUCGCCAAGCGACGGAUUGGGUCCAAAGAAGAGGUUGAGGAUAUCAGGAAGGAGAUCGCCAUCAUGCACCACCUGGGCGGCCACCCGCACAUCGUGCAGCUGAGGGGCGCCUUCGAGGACAAGCACAACGUGCACAUCGUCAUGGAGCUCUGCGCGGGCGGCGAACUCUUCGACCGCAUCGCCGCCCGGGGCCACUACAGCGAGCGGGCGGCAUCGGCGUUAUUCAAAACCAUGAUGGGGGUGGUCGACCACUGCCACCAGAAUAAUGUCAUUCACCGGGACUUAAAGCCCGAGAAUUUUCUGCUCGCGGACCGGAGGGAGGAUGCGCCGCUGAAGGUGGCGGAUUUCGGGCUGUCGUCGUUUUACAAGGAGGGGGAGGUGUUUACUGAGACGGUGGGGAGCGCGUUCUAUGUGGCGCCCGAGGUGCUCAAGGGGAAGUAUGACAAGGCGUGUGACGUGUGGAGCUGCGGAGUCAUUCUCUUCAUCCUGCUCAGCGGCACCCCGCCCUUCUGGGGAGACAUGGAGAAGCAGAUCUUCCACCCCAGCCUUUGCAGCGGACCCCUUAUCUCACUCGUUACCCCCCAUCCCCUCUCCCGCCUUCUCCCACCAGACACGGAGAAGCAGAUCUUCCACCAGGUCCUCAAGGCCACCCCGGACUUUGCAGCGGAUCCCUUAUCCCCCUACACGGAGAAGCAGAUCUUCCACCAGGUGCUCAAGGCGAGUCCUGACUUUGCAGCGGACCCCCUAUUCCCCUGUAACGACUGCUCUUCCUCUGCCUGCCCCUCCCUCCCCCCACCACCAGACACGGAGAAGCAGAUCUUCCACCAGGUGCUCAAGGCGAGUCCUGACUUUGCAGCGGACCCCCUAUUCCCCUGUAACGACUGCUCUUCCUCUGCCUGCCCCUCCCUCCCCCCACCACCAGACACGGAGAAGCAGAUCUUCCACCAGGUGCUCAAGGCGAGUCCUAACUUUGCAGCGGACCCCCUAUUCCCCUGUAACGACUGCUCUUCCUCUGCCUGCCCCUCCCUCCCCCCACCACCAGACACGGAGAAGCAGAUCUUCCACCAGGUGCUCAAGGCGAGUCCUGACUUUGCAGCGGACCCCCUAUUCCCCUGUAACGACUGCUCUUCCUCUGCCUGCCCCUCCCUCCCCCCACCACCAGACACGGAGAAGCAGAUUUUCCACCGGAUCUUCCACCAGGUGCUCAAGGCCACCCCCGACUUUGCAGCGGACCCCUGGCCACAGGUGUCGGACUCGGCCAAGGACCUGGUCAAGCGCAUGCUGCACCCCGACCCUUCUGUGCGCAUCUCCUCCGCUGACGUGCUCCCAGACCCCUGGCCGCAGGUGUCGGACUCGGCCAAGGACCUCGUGAAACGCAUGCUGCACCCCGACCCUGCCCAGCGCAUCUCCUCUGCUGACGUGCUCCGCCACCCGUGGCUGUCCCACGAGAAGCAGUCCGACAAGCCGCUGGGAGAGGCGGUGCUGAAGCGAAUCAAGAAGUUCUCUGCGGCCAACAAGAUGAAGAAGCUUGCGCUCAAGAUGAAGAAGCUGGCGCUCAAGGUGAGAGGGUUGAGAAACCUAAAAAACGACGUGAGAAACCUUCAAUCGCAGGAGGAACCAGUGACUGGCUGUUGGGAGCUGAAGCGAAUCAAGAAGUCCUCUGCUGCCAACAAGAUGAAGAAGCUGGCGCUCAAGGUGAAGGGAGUCGUGGUCAUUGCGUGCAAUCUGAGUCGCGAGGAGAUCCUGGGGCUGAAGAAGCUGUUCAAGGGGAUGGACAAGGACGGCAGCGGCAGCAUCACGUUUGCUGAGCUCAAGACCGGCAUGCAGAAGCUGGGCAACCCCAUGUCGGAGGAGCAGCUGCAGCAGAUCAUGGAAGCGCUCCAGCAGAUCAUGGAAGCGGUAAGAGGGGGAAGGCGGGGGUGUGAGGUUGCAUGCAAGUCUACAUGGGUCAGCAAGCAGGGUGUGCAGAAGCUGGGUAUCCCCAAGUCGGAGGAGCAGCUUCAGCAGAUCAUGGAAGCGGUAAGAGAGGGAGAGCUCAUCACGGCAACGCAACAGAUGAGCAAGGUCGAGAAUGAGGAUUACAUCCCAUCACGCCCUCCCUCUCACACCACUCCAAACUCCCCAUUCCUAUCUUCCAUCGGGUGGCAGGCGGACAUGGACCACAGCGGCAUCAUUGACUACACGGAGUUCAUCACACCCUCUCACACCACUCCUAACCCCUCUCCACACCUUCCCCUGUCCACGUCUUCCUCUCCCAGGCGGACAUGGACCACAGUGGCACGAUCGACUACACGGAGUUCAUCACAGUAUGCGGACAUGAACCACAGCGGCACGAUCGACCACACGGAGUUCAUCACAGCAUGCUUAAAGCUGUUGGGCCUUCUACUCCCACUUACCUCACUUCCUGUCCCCUCUUUUCUUCGUGCGUGCAUUCCGUUCCCCACCCAGGCGGACAUGGACCACAGCGGCACGAUCGACUACACGGAGUUCAUCACAGCGACGAUGCAGAUGAACAAGGUGGAGAAGGAGGAACACAUCUGGAAGGCCUUCCAGCACUUCGACCGCGAUGGGAGCGGGUUCAUCACAGUGAGCGAGCUGAGGGACGCCCUGGCGAAUGAGGACAUGCUGGAGCCGGGCGAGCUGGAGCAGAUCAUUGAAGAGGUGGACACGGAUAAGAGCGGCACGAUUGACUAUGAGGAGUUUGCAGCCAUGAUGAGGAAGCAAGACCAGGAGACAGCCGGCGCACAGAAGCAGAGGCGGACUCGCAGUAUCGCACCCCCUCCUGUCGACCAGGCUCCUUACUGUCACAUUCACAGACUACGGAGCCAAAACGGCACCGAAGCCAGCAGCAGCAGCGACGGCAGCAGCAGGAAUGGAUAUGGAUUUGACUCGGAGGAGAGCAGAGGAAGGAGCGAGAAAUCCACGGAGGUGGAAGGUAGAGGGAAUAAAGGGGAGGAUGAGGAGGAGGGGGAGGGGACGGAAGAGUCAGAGGAGACUGAGGAGGAAGCUAGGGAGAGAGAGCAGCUGAGGGAGAGAAAGAAGCUUCAGGAGUUAAACAGGAGACGCGAAGCGGCCCUUCUCAGUCGCGAUCCGUCCACCCUUCGCUACGCUUACGUCACGCUCCUCUGCGAUGACGUCAUGGCGCCGGGAGCCCUGGUGCUGGUGCAUUCGCUGAAGCGCACUGGCACGCCGCACGACGUGGUGGUGCUGACGAUGAACGUGAGCGAGGUGACGGCGGCGCAGCUGCAGCUGCUGGGAGCGAGGGUGAAGCAGAUCGAGGAGGCCAUUCCUUAUCCCUUUCCAGCCACUCCGAACCGAGUCGCCAUCAACAAACCGUGCAGGUGGGUGGAGUGGGAGAGGCGUUUUUUGGUAGAUAUUGGGGAGUGGAAUGGUUCCCCCUUGCACCCCAUCGCGCACGGGCACGCUGCACGACGUGGUGGUGCUGACGAUGAACGUGAGUAUUCCAAGCUGUUGAUGUAUUCCAAGCUGUGGAUGUGGACGCUCACGGAGUACCACCGCUUGGUCUAUGUCGAUGCGGACCUUCUUGUAAUGAGCAGCCUCGACGACCUCUUCUGCCGCGAUGAGCUCUCGGCUGCACCGGACACCAUCCCUCCUGACCGCUUCAACAGUGGCUUGAUGGUGGUGGCGCCCAGUGACGACACGUUCAGAGACAUGCUGAGCAAGGUAGCAACAACCAAGUCACCCAACGUGGGCGAUCAGGGCUUGCUCAACAACUACUUUUCCGACUGGUACUCUCAGGGUCCCUCCCACCACCUGCCCUACGCCGUCAACCCACUUUUUCGCCUCAGCCCGUCCCCUGACUCUGCUUCUCUCCCCACUGCUCCCCGUUCUCCUCCUACGCAGGUCGCCACCACCAAGUCACCCAACGUGGGCGAUCAGGGCUUUCUCAACAACUACUUUUCCGACUGGUAUUCCCAAGGCCCCUCCCACCACCUGCCCUACGCCUUCAACCCGCUCGUGCGCCUCAGCGGGUGGGAGGGGUGGGAGAAGUUUGUGCAGCCGCAGCUGAGGUUCCCCACCACUCGCAGCUUGGACCACAUCUGGCUCGCUGCUCACAACAACAUCCUGAACCUGAAGGCCCUUGGUGAAGGCACCGCACUCAUUCUCUCUCCACCGCAUUCAAUCCCACUCCCCCCCCAGUUCCCCACCACUCGCAGCUUGGACCACAUCUGGCUCGCUGCUCACAAUGACAUGCUGAAGGCUCUUACAAAAGCCAUGGCUAACACUAAAGCAGCUGGGAAUGGAGAUGGUGGCAGCACUGACGCAAGUGAGCUGUCUGGUAGGGAUGCAGCAGCAGGGGAAGGGGAUGGGGGAGUUGAGACCCUUGGGGCGGGUGGUGAAUAUACCCCUCUUUCUUCCAUCUGCCAAGAGGAGGGAGCGACCACCAAUGGCAGUGUGCGCUACGACAAGCUGACCGUGGUGCUCACAGCAACAGGCAGCAGCACACACCAGACCAUGCAAGCCAUUCGCCACUAUGCCUCAGCGCCUGUGGUUCAAGACAUCUUCGUCCUUCUCAGACAUCUCUCCACAGUGACAGUCCUUGUAAUUGAUGACACCAUUCUGGUGCCCCCUGCUGCUCUCCUCGCCACAUCCCUCCUGCGAUGGAGGGAAGCACCCAACCGCCUGCUCGGAUUCCUCCCUUCAGCCCACUUCCGCCUCUCCAAGGGCGUCCUCAAAAGGCGACUGACUGGGAGACUGGCCGUGCAUGCUACCCUGGCUGCUGUCUUGGUGAUAGACGACACAUUCCUAGUGCCCCCUGCUCUCCUCGCCACAUCUCUCCUGCGAUGGCGGGAAACCCCCAACCGCCUCCUCGGUUUCCUCCCGUCCGCCCACUUCCGCCUCUCCAAGGGCGUCCUCAAAGGGCGACUGGCCGUGCAUGCUUCCCUGGGGCCGGGAGGGGACUACUCAGUGGUUACCGGUGCUCUUCUGCUGCAUAGAAACUACCUGCAUUAUUUUUGCUGCACUAUGAGGGAGGAGGCGAGGGGGUAUUUGGAGUGGGGGAGCGAGGGAGACGGUGGGGGAGAGGGUGGGGGAGAGGGUGCAGGAGGGAGUGAGGGAGGGAGUGGGGGAGGGAGUGAAGGCGGUCUGUGGAAUCCGGCGGCUAGGGCGUGUGCUGAUGUGGCAAUGAACAUGUUGGUGACUCAUCUGUCUGACCUGUCACCGCUGACUGUGUACGACUCAACACAGGAGGUCCAAGGGCCCUUCCCCUUGCCGCCUGCUCCUGCCAUGUAA